AUGAAGCCUGUCAACUUCAUCCCGACCCUCGACGAGGACUUUGAGUACUUCUUCAAGAAGGACUCGCUGUGGCAGUCGGAGAACGUCGAUGCUGUUCUUGGUCAGGAUGCCGGCCGCGUGUGCAUCUUGCAGAGUCCUGUGUCGGUGCGCUACUCGCAGCGUGGUGAUGAGAGCGCCAAGGAGAUCCUGGAUGGCAUCACUGGAGGCCUGGUUGAGAUGGUGAAGAAGGCGUUCUAUCCCAAUGAUGCUGACAUUCCGCUGGCAGAGAAGCAAGAACAGACUGCCUCAUCUUCCAGCUGA